UCUCUCCCGCGUUGCUCCUGCCCCUUCCGCUCUAGUUUCUCGCGAGAGGUCGGUAGGCGGAGUUCUCGCGUGAGACUCGCGCUCUCGUAUAAUCUCGCGUUGCUGGCGGGCUUCGGCCUCUUUGGCUCCAGGGCGGCACCAUGGCGGUCGGCAAGAACAAGCGCCUCACCAAGGGCGGCAAGAAAGGCGCUAAGAAGAAAGUGGUCGAUCCCUUCUCAAAGAAGGAUUGGUACGAUGUCAAGGCACCUGCAAUGUUUAAUAUCCGAAACAUUGGGAAGACACUCGUCACCAGGACCCAAGGAACCAAAAUUGCCUCUGAUGGACUUAAGGGCCGUGUGUUUGAAGUGAGUCUUGCUGAUCUGCAGAAUGAUGAAGUUGCCUUCCGUAAAUUCAAGCUGAUUACAGAGGAUGUUCAGGGCAAAAACUGUCUGACCAACUUCCAUGGAAUGGACCUCACCCGUGACAAGAUGUGUUCCAUGGUCAAAAAAUGGCAGACAAUGAUUGAAGCCCAUGUUGAUGUCAAAACUACCGAUGGCUAUCUACUGCGCCUCUUUUGCGUGGGUUUUACCAAGAAGCGCAAUAACCAGAUUCGCAAGACCUCAUAUGCCCAGCACCAGCAGGUCCGCCAAAUUCGCAAGAAGAUGAUGGAAAUCAUGACACGGGAGGUGCAGACUAAUGACCUGAAAGAAGUUGUCAAUAAGCUGAUCCCAGACAGCAUUGGCAAAGACAUAGAAAAAGCUUGUCAAUCCAUCUACCCUCUUCAUGAUGUGUAUGUCCGCAAAGUGAAGAUGCUUAAGAAGCCCAAGUUUGAAUUGGGCAAGCUGAUGGAACUGCACGGUGAAGGUGGUGGCACUGGAAAACCUUCUGGGGAUGAGACAGGCGCUAAAGUAGAGCGAGCCGAUGGAUAUGAGCCCCCUGUGCAAGAGUCUGUCUAGAAUCAAAAAUGGAUGCAAAAAAUAAAAAAUUUUAAUAUACA